AAAAGUUUAAAACUUUUUUCACCCGCGCCGCAGCAUCCGAUUGCCACGAAAAAAAAGGGGAUAAUUACAAAUGCAGUGAAAUUAUUCAAGCAAAGCGACUGGCGAAUAACAAUUUGAAUUGCUCGCCAAAAUAUACAAAAAUUAUCCCCGCACCAGUUUUGCGCUUGUUUUGUGCGCCGGAGCAAAGCUGCCGCAGCCGUCGAAUCCGAAUCGAGAGCAUUACGGAUGCGAUUUCGAAUCCGAAUCCGUGUGGCGACAGGACGAAAGUGCGGCCCAAUCGCCGUCAAAUUACGCUAGUGAAAAAAUCGUGCUGCGCCGCUGAAUUUCUGUGCAAUUAACGUGAGCGAUUGAAAGGAUCUGCCUGCUGCCAAAAAACGCGACCGAUGAAAAUUGCGAGCCGUUCGCGUUCGUCCUGUGCGGCGGAAAGGAUGUGAAGGACACGGCGGCAGGAACUACAAGUGCAGCGCGAUGGCGCCCGCCACCAGCAGGAGCACCAGCAGCAGGAGCACCACCACCACCACCAGUGGCAGUGGCACCAUAAUCCUUGAGAGCAGGAGCAGCGCCGCCGAUGCCGCCGCCCGAUGAAGGAUUGCAGCAUGGCCCGCACAUGCACAUGCACUGGCAGCAGCUCUAGCACACACACACCCACGUCUGCGUUCACUGGCAGCAUAAAUAACGCAAGGACAUGGACGGCGCAACGAACGCGACGAGGACAAAGGCCCACGGCCUGUGACAGAAAUAAACGCCACCAUCGCCUCCUCGCCAGGAGCUAACCGACUAAAAAAAAAAAACGUGAACCCAGCACCAGCACCAGCACUUGCUCCACUCCCGUUGGCCCCCAGUGAUAUUAUUUUUAAUGCAAUCAAAGUGCUAAGUGAGUUUGCCAAAAAGAAAAUAAAAAGAAAGCAGCAGAGACUACGAAACUAGAGUGCAGCCGUCGGGUCGGCUUGGGUCGUAACCCAAUUUGGGUAGUUUGUCCUUUGACAGCGUGAGUCGCGGCAGCCGGAAAGGACGAGCAGGAUUCAUAUGGACGACGGCAGGUGCGGCACGCUUAGCCAGGUGAGCAGCAGCAGCAGCAGCAGCCAGGAAAAGCCCUGCAAACUGUACCGCAAGCGGAGGCGACGCCACUGAACAAAGGAUCAACUCACCAAAUACUCGCCUAAAUGAAGAAUGAAGAAACAAAAUGUGCGCACGAUAUCCUUGAUCGUGUGUACAUUUACCUAUCUGCUUGUCGGCGCCGCCGUCUUUGACGCCCUCGAAUCGGAAACGGAAAAGCGUCGUUGGGAGGCGCUGCAAGAUGCCGAGGAUAUGAUAAUACGCAAAUACAAUAUCUCACAGGAGGACUUCAAAGUCAUGGAGACCGUGGUGCUCAAAUCGGAAUCGCACAAGGCCGGCCAGCAAUGGAAAUUCACCGGUGCAUUCUAUUAUGCAACCACGGUGCUAACCACCAUAGGCUACGGACACUCGACGCCCAGCACGGUGGGCGGGAAGCUCUUCACCAUGUGCUAUGCCAUCGUGGGAAUUCCCCUGGGUCUCGUUAUGUUCCAGAGCAUCGGAGAAAGAGUGAAUAGACUGAGCAGCUAUGUUAUCAAGGCGGUCCGCUCCUCGCUGCGCUGCAAGAGGACCGUCGCCUCGGAGGUGGACCUCAUCUGUGUUGUGACCACACUCAGUUCGCUGACGAUAGCUGGCGGUGCUGCGGCCUUUUCCAAAUUUGAGGGCUGGAGCUACUUCGAUUCAGUAUAUUACUGUUUUAUUACUUUAACCACUAUAGGCUUUGGCGACAUGGUAGCCCUGCAGCGGGACAAUGCACUGAACCGGAAGCCCGAGUACGUGAUGUUCGCACUGAUAUUUAUACUAUUUGGCCUGGCCAUCGUGGCCGCCUCGCUGAACUUGUUAGUACUUAGGUUUGUUACGAUGAAUACCGAGGAUGAGCGACGCGACGAGGCCCAGGCCAUGCAGUUUAUGUCCAAGUCUAGUUUAUGGACCAACGAGGCGCUGCAAGUGGCUGUGAAGCUGGAGGGCGAUGUGAUAACAUCCAACGGAUCCAUUCUGAGCGGCUACGAGGGACACGAUGGCCAAUCUCUGAACGGAAGCAACACCUCGUCCAUGUGCUCGUGCCACUGCAUCUGCCUCAAUGGCAACCGGCACAAAAAAAGUAGCAACUUGGGAAAGAACAACGAUGCAGAAAAUCAAUACAAGCUGAGGCGAUCGCCGACGCACAUACGACACCUUCUGCCGGAGGUGGUGCCCAUGCAGGAUUUGAACUACGACUACGACACGCAGAGCCUGCACACACUGGCCGAUCGUGGGACCAUGGACAGCAGCUACAUGGGCGUGGACAUGGCGGACAUGGGGGACACGGCCAGCAUGGAGCUGCGGCCACACACGUUGCUCAAGCGCAAUGUCUCACUGCUGUCCAUACGCAUCUAGGCGGCGAUGGAAGGAUUGGCGGGUACCGGGAACAACGAAGUGGCCCACAACCUUGCCAAAAACGACUUACAAAUCGAAAGUGAUAACAAGGCUCUAAUAGUACUUAAAUACUUAUGGUAGAUUCGCAGCUGACGAUUGAUUGAUUGUUGGAUUGAUUGUGUAGGCUCCUCCCGCGACUUGGACACGCCAUGUGUGUGCAUUUACAAUGUGAACUAGUGCAUAGAUCUAUACAACAUGUAGUCGGCCUGAUAGAGAGACUAAACCUAUAUUAUAUAUACAACACUUACAACUAGGGCACUAAACAAUUGAAUGUAAACCACUGCCACUUCCGAGCGAUAGAACCUAGAGUUUAUGGAACGGCAACACUCACUCGUAGUCUUUGUAUCUCAACGCCAGUCAAACCAACCCAAUAGAUUCGGAUAACCUCGAGCUGAAAUCAACCUGUAUUAGGUGCGUUUAUACUUCCAUAUCGUUUGGAUUUCCCGAGGGAACCAUUGCAUUGCAUUCCCUCAAAGCCUUUCAACAUUCAAAUGAACUGCCGCCACCUCUUCUUAAGUAUUUUAAAUGGAAAAGCUGUCCAGCUUUUUCCAAAAGAAGUCGCGCGAAUGGUUUCAAAACUAAUUUGCAUAUAAACGCAUAGGCCACAGUAACGCAAUUUAAGUGUCAAAUUAACAUGCUGUACAUACUCUAUAGCCGAUUAAUGUUAGAUAACGUUUGAAAAUCCAUUUUAUUCAGACUUAUUACGAUAUCAGUUCACACGACUAGUUAGUGGCCACAGCCAAGCCAACAUUCUCGAUCCAACCAAGUGUCAAAGUACUUAGCUGAACCUUCAAGUGACUCCACGAUGUGCCAAAUAAGCCGGCGGUACGUGCAACAUAUAUGUUGGCACUAUGACGUGCGGAUCGUACAGAUACUAUAUAUAUAUAUAUAUAUAUAUAUAUAUAGAUACACCGUCUCAGACCCCCAAGACCUACCCCUGUCGCAUUUAUGCAAAGAAUGCAUUUAGUUAUAGUUGUAGAUAAUGUCGAAGCGAGCUCCCCAGAAACUUACUUAGUUUAAGCAUUGUGUUUUACGGCAUUCGCAUUUAAAAUAGGAUUUUCGAUUAUCUGUUCUACUCCGUAGUUAGUCGGUGCGAUUUGCAAGGCCAUUGCCCAUUGCCCAUUGCCCAUUUACCCAUUAUUGCUCACUCGAGACGUCAAACGCUUGGAAGGAAAAAUCUCUUUUAUCCCUAUGUGCUUUGUAUAUAAUAGUGUACUCAAUUCGUACAAGUAAUUACUUUAAAAGCAAAACAAAAACGAUAUAUAUUGUUAGAACCAAAACUUUGUCAGUUUAUAAAACUUAGUUAUGCAUUUGAUUUUAGAUUGCUAAUUCAUUUUCAAAUUUUAACUAUUUAACUAGGAUAUAUUUUAGCCGAUGAGGUGUCAAAAUGAUCAUUGGCAUUCUUUAAAUUCAAGAUAAAUUAAAUCAAAUGAAAUUGUAAUUUUAAUUCAGGCAAAUAAUGCGAAAUAGUGAAACUAAGACUUUGUAAUAUACUUAUAUUCCGAAAUUACGACAAAAAAGAAAAACAAUAAACUAACUUUAUAUGAUUAAAA